AUGAACCAAGUAUUCCACCGAUUUGUUGCGCGAGAUGACGAAAAGACUGAAGGCCUAUCUGAGUCCAUGGUCGACUUGUUGAUCUCUCUCUUGGUCCUUAUCCUUCUCGGUAUUGCCUUGAUUGGCGCACUUCUCGUCCUCCGCCGCAGGAACAGGAAUCGCCAGCAGCCUGAGCUCCCUGUACACAAUGGUCAAUGCUCGACCCAUCACCGCAGCCUCACUAUCUCUGCGCCGCCGUACGCAAACACAGAAUCCGUGUUUGUCAUCGAUGAGAAGCGCAACCUAAUGGAGAACUCGUCAAGCCCACCACCCAGUCCUGUACCUGAGAUUCGUAUCACAUUCCCCGAGGAAGAGGAUGAGUCUGGAAAGCGCAAGUCCGGCCGGGUCGUCGUAGUAAGGAUCAGUGAAGCGGGCAGCGUUGGCCUCGAGCCAUACAAUGACCAGCUUCCGCCUUACCAGACGAGCGAUGCAGACCGUUUCCAGUCCCUGGACAUUGACCGCAUGGGCGGUUUGAAAGAGAAGGAUGACGCAAAGCGUUGGGGUUAA